UCAAGGCUAAGCCCCGCCCCCACAUAGCUUGCACGUCGCGGAAAAAAAAAAAAACCCAGCCGCAUCGGCGGCAGUUGGGGAAGAGAGUAAAUAGAGGGAGAAGCCUCAAGAUGGCUGACUCGCAGGGCUCUGUUCACCUCUCCGGAGCUCCGGCUGUUGCUACUUCUCCUUCCGCUACCGGAGCUUCGGUCAAAAACGGACUCGGUAAGGCAGCCGAGUCGAAGGGAGCCGCUGACAACCGCCCGCAGUGUUCCGGAGAUUUUAGCCCACCGCCACCCAAGAAGGUCCGAGUCGAGGAGAGGAGCGUUAAACCCAAGAAAGUCAGCAAGGACGGGGGUGAUGGAAGCAACGGCAGCGGGAAAAAGAAAACCCAGCAGCUCACUAAGCAGCAGAAUCGUAGUAGCAGUAGCGCGGGCUUAUGGAGCUUCAGCCCGGUUAAGACGAACAGCAGCAGCAGCCUUUCGGUGCCUGCUACCGAUGGAUCCCAGCCACUCAAAGUCUUUAAACAGAGCGAUUUCUUCCUUCACCAGGCGCCUUCCUCGAAAACCAAGUGUAAAGAUAAACAGAAGGAGGAGAGAGAAAAAAGGAAAGGAGGCGGGGAGGAGAAAAAGAAACAUGAACUGUUGGUGACCUCCGGAGUUGGGAAUAAUGUUACUAACAGCAACGACAUUAAAGGGUUUAACAACGUUUCUGCGGCGAAGAGAGAAAAUGGAGAUGUCCUGUUACCAUCAAAAGAAAACCCCAACAAGGACAAAAUGAAGGCGCGCGAAAAGAAGAAGGUGAAAGAACGAGAGAAGGAGAAGAAAAAGCACAAAGUGAUGAAUGAGAUCAAGAGAGAGAACGGCGAAGUCAAGCAGCCGAUUAAAGAAGAAAAAGAGAAAGCGAAGAUCAAGUUGGAGGAGCUGCAAAUCAAAAAAGUGAAGAAGAAAAAGAAGAAGAAACACAAAGACGGGGAGAAGCACAAGAGAGUGAAGAUGUACCACCGCUCCUGCCAAACCAUCUGCGCCGGCCUGCUUCUCCUACCACCUCCUCCCUCCUCAUCUGCCAACUCCUUCUCCUCCUCUGAGCAAACAAACAACUCUUCUGCAUCGCCCUUCAAGUCUCCUCCACCCGUUUACCUGACGUCCAACAACAAAAACUCCAAUCUCAGGCCCUCUUCUCCUCCUGCCUCCAAGUCUCUCUUCAACUCCUCCAACUCAAAGCUCCCCUUUUCUACAAAACACAACUCACAGAGCAUCCAUCCUGGAAUGGCAGGCCUCGAGUUUGCGCCCUACAUUUACAUCGAAAACCAGCCGAAUGGAGGAGGUCUGGUAGCUCAUGCGUAUGCAUCUCAGCUCUCCUCUCUCUCUGUGGACCAGAGGCAGAGAUUUGCCCAGGAGUUUGUCACGUUAUCAUUCAGCGAGGACAAGUCCAAGGCAGCUCAUUACGUCAUGGGGAUUGUUCACGGAGAAGCCAAGAACCUUCCCGACUUCUUGGAUUACUUUUCAACCAAGUUCCCAUCGGCUCCUGUCAAAAUGGAAAUACUCGGAAAGAAGGACAUAGAAACAACCACUAUGGCUAAUUUCUACUCUCAGGUGAAGAGAACUUACAGCCACGGUACGUACAGAGCCGGAGCGAUGAGACAGAUCAGUCUGGUGGGAGCCGUGGAUGAAGAGGUCGGGGAUUAUUUCCCAGAGUUCCUCAGCUUGCUGGAGGAGUCCCCCUUCCUGAAGCGGACUCUUCCAUGGGGGACGCUUUCCAGCCUAAGAAACAUGAGUCCAACAAAGAGCGACGAUGGUCCAAUAAUGUGGGUCAGACCAGGAGAACAGAUGAUACCUGUAGCCGAUAUACCAAAGUCUCCUUUUAAAAGAAAGCGCUCCACUAAUGAGGUAAAGAAUCUGCUCCAAUCGAUGCCCCGGACCAGCGAGCCCAGAGAGAUUCUGUUCGAGGACCGGACCCGCGCCCACGCCGACCACAUCGGCCAGGGCUUCGAGCGUCAGACCACGGCGGCCGUGGGAGUGCUGAAGGCUGUCUGCACUGUAGAAAGGUCGGAGUCGCCUCAUGUAACCAAAGACGUUGUUUGUUUCCAUGCUGGGGAUUUCCCUUACGUCGUUCAGAGGCUGCAGUUGGACUUGUACGAACCGCCGCUGUCUCAGUGCGUCCAGUGGGUGGACGAUGCCAAACUGAACCAGCUUCGGCGGGAGGGCAUCCGCUACGCCCGCAUCCAGCUUUGCCACGACGACAUCUACUUCAUCCCCCGCAAUGUGGUCCACCAGUUCAAGACGGUAUCGGCCGUCUGCAGCCUGGCGUGGCACGUACGCCUGCAGCAGUACCACCAGAAGGAGAAAGACGAGGAGGAGGAGAAAGCUGGGCUGAAGGAGGAGGUAGAGACAACGAUGGCUGAGGAGCAGGGUGGCGAGAAGAAGGAGAGGAUAAAGGAGGAAGAGGAGGAGGUGGAUGUGGCAGAAAAACGGACGUUGCUCACUGACAAAAAGGAAGAAGGCGAUGAUCGUCUUCUGUCGUAUCAACCCUCGGAUGAUAUCUCAGAUGCCAGCAGAGACGAAGAGAAGGCGACGCAAAAGAAAGAAGAACCUCACUGGGUUUCUCCUCCUGAAAAGGCGAAGACAGAAGCUCCAACUUCUCCUCCCUGCAAGAAUAAAUCACCCUCUCCUCUUCAUCUUCCUCCCCCUGCUUCUCCUCAUAAGGACGUGAAAUACAAAGCCUCAGCUAAACCUCACCUCCACACUCACCCUGACAGCAGGACGGCGUCUUCCUCCUUGCCUAAGAAACCCUCCGGUUGCUCCAAGUCUUCCGCCCACGCGUCAUCCUCGUCUCCAGCGGGAGCCGCCUUCAGUUCCUCGCACACUGUGUCUUCUACCUCCCUGUCUCCGUCGGCUUCCUCUCUGACGAGUUCCACGUCGGCAGUAGAGGCUCUCAUGAAAACUCUUCCUCCUUCCAGUGUUUCCUCUUCCCUCCAGCUGCCUUCGUCUUCCCAUACGGAGCAACUCGACGAUUCCCGCACGAAGGACUCCGCCCGGAUGCCGACGCCGUCCGACUUGUGGACAUCGUCGCAUGGGAGACCCGUGGCGGACGUACAGACUCGCUCCGCCCCGGCCGAGCGUUGGACCCGCCCGGCGGCGGACACACGGACACAAACCUCCUCCAAUUCGGAGACGAGGACUCGCAGCUCGGAUCCCGACUCCAGGACUUGUGUUGAUGUGCAGCAGCAUCUGGCGCCAGACGUGACACGGCGAGGGAUGUACAUGCAGCAGUACCCCCCCCAGCACCUCCCGCAGAUGCUUGCCCCUCCUUUCCCUCCUCUCCUACCCCCCCACUCCCACCUUCAGCCUCACGUCCUCCCCCAGACACCCGUCUCCAGUCCCCAUGAGCAGCGCCCUCUGAACUCCUUCCUCAGUCAGGCGGCGCCGCCCCAUUCGGUUCACCUGGGCCACCUUCACCCCCCCCACCCGCCCAGCCUCACCACACAGUCUCAGCCUUACUUCAUGGGCCCUCCCUCCUCCUCCCCCUCUCAGCCAAACUCCCCCCUCACCAGCUCCCAAUCUCUCUCGCCUCAUUUCUCCUACCACCACCAGUUCGCCAAACCCUUCUUCCCCCCCCAGCACCCCGGCUUCCCCUCUCACCCCUUCCUCCCUCAUCAGUCCUUCCUCCCGCAGCCGCCCGCUUCUUACCCACUGCAGCCACAGUACCAAACCUCAGCACCGGUGCAGCCCCAGCUGCUUCUGUCGCAGUCGUUUACCUCCCCUCACGCUCCGCCUCCCCCGUCCUCCACGCCGCCUCCGCUCCCUCCCCCUUUUCCGCCACCUCCCCCCUUGCCUCAGCCCUCCCCUUCCAUCUUCCCCUCUCCCCCCGAGGCAUGACAACGAGCAGAAACAGAUUUUAUAGGAGUGUUUGUAUAUACCGAUGGUAAAUUUAAGUAACUGUACAUGUAGGAGGCUUUGUUUUGGUUGUGCUGUUGUAAAGCUGUAAAAAGGAAGUGAGGUGGGAGGAAGUCAAGUUUUUUUUGUUUUGUUAAUGAGCAGAGUGGGACUAAAACACGGUGCCUUUCAUAAGAAUUUAUACCCUUAACUUCUCAUUUUGUCACCGUAUAACCGUAAACUUCAGUGCAUUUUACCAGGAGAUGUUUGUAAUCUGGAAAUGGAAGAAAAAUGCUACACAAUUUUAAAACUUUUUAAGGCCAACUUCUGCUGCAAUUACAGCUGGAAGGCUUUUGGAGUUUGUUUAUGAAGAAAAGCCUACAGUGGGGGACGAGGAGUUCAUCCCUCUCAUUUUGUUUGGUAGUUUUGUUCUAAUGCAGGAGUCUGCAACUCUUACCAUCCAAAGAGCCAAUUUUGCCCUCAGUCCAGCUAAAUAAAACAGAUCUAGAUUUACAAAUAUGAACUUACCUUUUGAAAAAAGAUGUCACAAUUUUUGUUAAUUAUCCACUGUAAGUAAUUUUUUAAAGAGAAACCAUUUUACUCCUAUUUUUAGUUGAGGUUUUUUUUUAUCUCGAAGGAAAACAAAACUUGUUUUCAAAAAUAUAAUGGCUUCAUGUUCUUUUAUUGGAUGUUGAUAUUUACAUAGUUUUAGUUUCCAGCCUGCAAAUAAGAAAAAUAGAUCUAGAUAAAAAUGACUGGCACUUUAGUUUCAUUCUGUUGUGGAAAUGAAAUGCAAUUAUUCCAGGAAGAAACUGAAAAACAGCUAAAACUUGCAUUUCUAUUUAUUUAUUUUUUACAUUUAUAGUCAAAGUUUCUAAGAGCCAUUGUGGAAACUCCAAAGAGCCACUCUUGGCUUCGCAGCCAACGGUUGCAGACAAAACCCUUUAAGAACACACAUUUUCUUCCCAUUUUCAAUCAUGCACUACUUUGUGUUUAAAAAAAUCUUUAAGAUCACAGUAGAAUGCGCUGAGGUUUGAGUCUAACAUGAGAAAAUGUCUCACUUUGUGGGUGCAAAUCCUCAUGUAAGGCAUCGUUUAAGCCCACCCCGCCGCACUAAACUGGCUCAGAUUUUUACUGAGGCUUGAAGUAUAAAACUGUUUUACAUUUCAUUUCAUUUGCAGGAAGCUGUUGCUUUUAGAAAGUGAAGGGUGCACCUGUUUUUAACCCCGAAUGAUGUUCAAAUGAGGCCCCUGGUGUGCAGGUGUGUUGUCCGGUUCUGUUUUCGUCCUUUCGGAGCCAACAGAACCCACCGUCAGACAUAGGAAGAAAACUUAUUUAUUGAAAAGAACUUUUUAAACUGUUUUUUAAUGAAACUUGCAGCUAAUGCUUCCAUUUUCAGGGGGUUUAUUUAAUUCAGUUGUGUAUUGAUACGAUACUGCAUCAUUUUGUCCUCUGUAUUUAUCAGUACAAGUCGACACGGAUACUGGCUGGACUUUUCCACCAUGUUGUGUAUAGAGCAAUAACCCGCUAAAUAUCAAACAGAAACCUGUGUCUGUCUUUUUACUCAUGUUUUUAAGUGGACAAUGGAACAUAAUAAUGAUGAGUGCAAUUAAUAGAUGUUUCUAAACUUUUCAAGUGUUUCAUUGGUUAAAAAAGGAAUGUUAUGUACUCAACUGGAGGCUCCGUGUGAAUUGUAAGUCAGACCGUUUGCCUUCGGUGGCAGAGCGCUAAUGUCAUUUUUAAUGUCUUCUGGCUGUUUAGAUGAGUUUUGGUUGAGGAGUUGGUUCAACCGCAGCCAAGACGGUCUCAGGAAAACACUUCCAUCUAAAAACUAAAAAAAUGCUCGCUUUAAUGGUUUUACUGCUGGGUUUCUAGUUUCACGCAGUCGAUUCCUAAACGUUUUGACUGAGGUUUCUGCAGAUGUGCUGCUCCUGUUGAGCAUUUAAACUUUUUGAAAACUGAAUUCAAAAAGCAAUACAAAGACGUAGGAGGUCAAACCCAGGCACGGGCCGGUUAACAGAGUACAGUAUAACCGAGGAUUAAACGGCCUCAUUAAAAUUUAUUGUGUUGUCAUGGUUCAAGUCAUUUCUUUUCUGGCUGUAUGGAGCAUAGAGUUAUACACUGCUGCCCCUUCCUCACCUGUUGCUGCACGCUGCCUCGGUUACAAGGCAGAUACCUUUCUCCGGAAAUUAUUUGCAAUUACAAAAUAAACAAAACUGAAGGGGAGAAAAAAAGGACAAAUUUUUGCAGGUUUGAUUUUUCUGUCUAGGUGUUAAAGUAAUAAAUGCCAAAUUUAUAUGAAGAUUUUAUUUUAGCUGUAAUAAUCAACAUGAUGUUUUUGCGGCAGCAGGAAUAAUGGUUGCCGGCCCGUGCCAGGGGAACAGUUCCCAUAUGUGCAGCACCUACUUACUAAACACAUUUAUUUCCUUCUGCUUGCAAACGGAGAUUUCUGAUGAAGUGUUGGAUUUUUAUGGAUUAAUGGAUAUUUCAGGUUCUUCCCAAACUGAAAUGUAAAAUGCAUUCAGUCUUUUUUUUUUUUGACACUUUAAUGGAACCGUCUGGAGCUCAUCCCCAAAGCAUUAUUUAUCGGUUUGCCAGUCUACUUUUGCCACAGUGUUCAGAUUUUUAUUUAUCAGCCAGAGACUGAAGGGACCUGUGUGCGACCUACAUCUUCGGAAGUUUAACAAUGACAGCAACUUUUUUUUGUCACCAGUGUCUUUUCUUAAAUUAUUUUCAUUGUCUAUAUUAGAGUACAGCCCUCUUGACAAUGUAGCCCUCAACAUUUCCCCAGUGCCUGUCCUUAACUGUGAACUCCUCAGUGGUCCAGAGGCGCUCAGUGCAGGGAGUUUCUUCCUUUUAUGAGUCGCAGUUGAAGUUCUCUCUGUACGAGAGCACCGCCUUAAAUUGGGUUCCCACAUCCGCUGAAAAGCCUCUAAAUAUCUGUUUCAAAUAGGGAAGACUUAGAAGGAUGCCACCCUCAGAGAAGGGUUCGAAUUGUUCCUCUUAAGUCUCACCACAAGCCUGCGAAAUCCAGAUAAAUGUAAGAAUGACGCCUUAGCUUUUUUUUUUCUGUCUUUCCUGCCUCAAACGACCCAAUUUGAGCGACCUUACUCUGUGCAUCUCUGGGGACAUAAAGGCGAUAACGAAGCAUUUGAUCAACAGUCGUAAGGUUGCUCUGCAGCUCGUUUUGUGCUUUUUGGGUUUAAAUGUUACAGAAACAUGACAAGAUCCUUUUUUUUUAAUUUAAUUUUAUUUUAUUUUGGUACAAUUGUAACAAAACCUUUGGUUGAAAACAGAUGUCCUCGGGGGCUAGCAUUGUUUUCACAGGAUUUAUUUAUAUCAACGUUUUUUGGUUUUGUGUUUUUUUUUUCCAUUUUAGUUAUUUCAACUGUCAGCACUGUAGUGUACAUAAGAGGUUUUUGUAAAGAGGAAAAAAACUUGUAGUGUGGUUUCUACUUUAAAUAUGAACCUAGCUAAUAAAAGGUUCAAAGUAUGAAAACCGUU